AUUGUCACUGUUUGUUUCAGCUGAGAUAAUAGAAAUCACUGUCUGAAACCAAACCAUGAUCUCAUUCUCUCUCUUCGAUUUUCCCUGAAAUUCUGUAUAUCGUCAUGAAGAAGAAUACACGGUUAGGGUUUUCUCCAUUGUCUCUAUUCUAGCCAUCUCUAUCUCUUUCAUCAUCAUCAUCAAUCAUCAUCCUCACUUUCCCUCAAAAACUGAGCUUCUUCUUCAAGCUCCAAACUCUCUUUCAUUUCCCUGGAAUCUGGUUUAGGAAAGGAAAAAAGUUACUGGGUUGCUUCCAAGUUUGAGCCUUUUGAAACAACCACAUUGGUUCUCGUUUCAUGGAUAUUUCAUUUCAUAAUGGGCUAUUGCCCAGAGAAAAAGAGAAACCCAUCAAUUGAGGACUCAACUUCAGCUUCAAGUUCAAGUGGGGUUUUUGUUGAAGAAAGAAGAAGAAGAUAAAGGACAAGUUCCGGUUUCUGUGGGAAGAUAAACCAGCAGUUUCAGCAGGUGGUUUUUGUUGAGAUAAACGAGAUUUUCAAAGGGUAGUUUCCGUUUCGGUUUUGUGAUCUGAGUUUACUUACAAGCUUAGCUUAGCUGGUUUUGUACUAUCAUAUCAAUAGUAACGGAGGUUGGUUACACACUUUCUUUCUUUCCUUCUUUUCUUUUUCUGUCUGUACUAUAAACAAACCGACCCCAUUUGGGUCCAGUCCAAUCUAGGCAAGAGUUAUAAGAAUCUCGUGCUUGUGUCUUGCUUUAUUUUCAUUUGGGGUGGUGUUGUUGUUACUUGAUAGUUACUAUUAUAUGCUAACAAGUGCAUUCAAGAACAAGUGAGAAGAAGAAGAACAUACAUACAUGGCUAUGACUUUUGUUCAAGAUAGGGAAAGCAGCAUUGACAGGCACCUUGAUUCUUCUGGGAAAUAUGUGCGGUACACCGCGGAGCAGGUGGAAGCUUUGGAACGGGUUUAUACUGAGUGUCCAAAGCCUAGUUCUUUGAGGAGGCAGCAGCUGAUCCGUGAAUGCCCGGUUCUCGCGAAUGUUGAACCGAAGCAGAUCAAAGUUUGGUUUCAGAAUCGCAGGUGUAGAGAGAAGCAGAGAAAAGAGGCUUCUAGGCUUCAGGCUGUGAACCGGAAGCUGAAUGCAAUGAACAAAUUGUUGAUGGAGGAGAAUGAUCGGUUGCAGAAACAGGUGUCACAGUUGGUGUGUGAGAAUGGGUUUAUGCGCCAGCAAUUGCAAGCUCCGUCAGCAGCUGGAACUACUGAUGGCAAUGGUGAUUCGGUGGCUACUACUUCUCGGAAUUCUAUGAGAGAUGCUAAUAGUCCUGCUGGAUUCCUAUCAAUUGCAGAGGAGACCUUAGCAGAGUUCCUUUCAAAGGCUACAGGAACUGCUGUGGAUUGGGUCCAGUUGCCCGGGAUGAAGCCUGGUCCGGAUUCGGUUGGGAUCUUUACCAUUUCACAAAGUUGCAGUGGCGUGGCUGCUCGAGCGUGUGGUUUGGUUAGUUUAGAACCUAAUAAGGUUGCAGAGAUUCUAAAAGAUCGUCUGUCUUGGUUUCGAGAUUGUCGGAGUCUUGAAGUUUUCACAAUGUUCCCAGCUGGAAAUGGAGGGACAAUUGAGCUUGUUUACACUCAGACAUAUGCUCCUAUGACAUUGUCUCCUGCCCGGGAUUUCUGGACUCUAAGAUACACUACAACUUUGGAAAAUGGCAGUCUUGUGGUUUGUGAGAGGUCACUCUCCGGUUCUGGUGCCGGACCAAAUGCUGCUGCUGCCCAUCAGUUUGUGAGGGCUGAAAUGCUGCCUAGUGGCUACUUGAUUCGACCGUGUGAAGGUGGAGGAUCGAUCAUUCACAUUGUAGACCACCUAAACCUACAGGCAUGGAGUGUACCGGAAGUGCUGCGACCACUUUAUGAAUCAUCAAAAGUGGUAGCUCAGAGAAUGACAAUUGCAGCACUUCGCUAUGUCAGGCAAAUAGCUCAAGAAACAAGUGGUGAAGUGGUGUAUGGGUUAGGUAGGCAACCUGCUGUUCUGAGAACUUUUAGCCAAAGGUUGAGCAGGGGCUUCAAUGACGCUGUCAAUGGGUUCAAUGAUGAUGGCUGGUCUGUUCUAAACUGUGAUGGUGCUGAGGAUGUUAUUAUUUCGGUUAAUUCAACGAAGAAUUUAAGUGGCACGUCUAAUCCAGCAAGUUCCCUCACAUUUGCUGGAGGAGUUCUCUGUGCAAAAGCUUCUAUGUUACUUCAAAACAUCCCUCCUGCUGUCUUAGUACGCUUUCUGAGGGAACAUCGCUCGGAAUGGGCUGAUUUUAAUGUGGAUGCCUACUCUGCUGCAUCACUUAAAGCUGGCUCGUAUGCCUAUCCAGGAAUGAGGCCUAUGAGGUUCACAGGCAAUCAAAUAAUCAUGCCUCUUGGGCAUACAAUUGAACAUGAAGAGAUGCUUGAAGUUAUCCGGCUUGAAGGUCACUCUCUCGCUCAAGAAGAUGCUUUUGCUUCCAGGGACGUUCAUCUCUUACAGUUAUGUAGUGGAAUUGAUGAGGAUGCUGUGGGAGCUUGCUGUGAGCUCAUAUUUGCUCCAAUUGAUGAAAUGUUCCCAGACGAUGCUCCGUUGGUUCCUUCGGGUUUCCGCAUUAUCCCAUUAGAUUCAAAACCAGGUGAUAAAAAGGACACAAUGACAACAAAUAAAACCUUGAAUUUGACAUCUGGCCUUGAAGUAGGCGCAUCAACAAAUCAUACUGCUGGAGAUGCCUCAUCAUGUCAUAACAAUCGAUCAGUGUUGACUAUUGCCUUCCAGUUUCCUUUUGAGAGCAGCCUACAGGAUAAUGUUGCGGUCAUGGCACGUCAGUAUGUCCGGAGCGUGAUUUCCUCCGUGCAGACGGUUUCCAUGGCUAUAUCUCCAUCUGGCACAAACCCAGCUGCUGGAGCAAAACUCUCUGUUGGCUCUCCAGAAGCUUUGACGCUAGCUCGUUGGGUCUGCCAGAGUUAUAGUUAUUAUUUGGGGACUGGACUGCUGAGAUCUGAUUCUCUUGUGGGUGAUUUGGUACUGAAACAUUUGUGGCAUCAUCAGGAUGCCAUUUUGUGCUGUUCUUUGAAGUCAGUGCCCAUGUUCAUAUUUGCAAAUCAGGCUGGGCUUGACAUGUUGGAAACAACUCUUGUGGCUUUACAAGACAUCACUUUGGAUAAAAUAUUUGAUGAGUCUGGCCGCAAGGCAUUGUUUGCAGAUUUCGCCAAGUUAAUGCAGCAGGGAUUUGCUUAUCUGCCAGCUGGGAUCUGUAUGUCCACAAUGGGGCGGCAUGUUUCAUAUGAGCAAGUCAUCGCCUGGAAAGUGCUUGCUGAAGAAGAUAACAGUGUUCAUUGCUUAGCUUUCUCUUUCAUAAAUUGGUCAUUUGUAUGAAAAAUCUAAUUUCUGUAUUUAUAGCCCAGCUUUUUCCCGCUUGAAUGUAAGAGUGUAUAAAGCAAAUUGAGAAAAUUUUGAGAGGGAAAAAGAAAUCAGAAUUUUUGUUCAUCUACAUCAUAUGGUCAUGUUUGCAUCAUUCAAUUUAAUUGAUUUCUUGGCUGGUGCAGACACCAAAUUGAUUUAAUCUUGUAAA